AUGAGCUGUGAUCUACGAGACAGGCCAGGCGAGCCAUAUACGAAGCUGAAGCCCAUCGCGACGGCCCGCAGUGUGAGUCUAGGCGUCUCAUGGGCCUCAUACAUCACGGCCAACACUUAUUCAUCCAACCCAACUCGCUCCAUGACGCCCAAUGAACCGUCUGCGAGGGCCAACGGCAUCGGCAAACUCGAAACACAAGAAGCAAGCAGAUAUUCCUCGCCAGAGACUCGAAGUAGAUGA